UGGUUCCGCCCAUUCCUCUCAUUCCCUUGACGACUCCAGUCACGCCAAGUUGCUCAACAAUGCUGCGGUUGAGUUCUUCUACAGUCCCAUGACUCUUUCAACGACUCCUGUUGUAACUUCAUUCAGGAUUUGAUUGUUUUUAGAACAUUUAAAGGCAAUUUUUCCAUCAUUGAAAAGUACCGUCGCAGAUCCAGGAACCUUGGAAAUGUGGAUGUUGUGAUCGAAGGAAUGGCGGUCUGUUAGGAAUGUUCACAACUUUAAUAUUAGAUAGGUUUUUUUGAGUAACAUCAACCUGGAUUUGAAAAUGGGACUACAAAAGAUGCUAUGUUGUUUGUUUGUUGCUGCUUGUGUUGGGCUGAUUUCGGGAAGUCUAACGAGCUGUGAUGAAGUGCGCAAAGUUUUUCAGCUGCGGCAGAUUGGACCAGUGAAAUCACUGCCCGAGAGACCGAGAGAAGGUUCGGACCUCCAGGUGUGCCAGUCCAGGAACCUGACCUGCUGUUCUAAGAAGAUGGAGGAGAGGUAUCAGGUGGCGGCCCGGCGGGAUGUUCAGAACCUCCUCCAGACCUCCUCCGCCAGCCUCAAGUUCCUCAUCUCCAGGAACGUAGCAGCCUUCCAAGGUGAGUGGAGGGAGGGAGACAAGGAGACUGGGGUGGGAGGAGUGCAGCAAAGCAGGCGGGCCAUGUGUUGAGUGAGGGACUUUGUCUGCCGGGGCCCACAGCAACCAGAGCCUGCUAUCCUCCCGCUCUGAUCU